AAAAAAUAAAAUCCUGUUUAAUAAUAAUAAAAUUUUGUAAAGCUGAAAGCAAAAACAAAAGAAAGCAUUGUGUUAGAGAAAAAAUAAUAUAGAUUAAUAAUACAAUUUUAGCGUGUACUUUAGACUUAGGCUACAUUAAAACUCACUUUUAUAUCAAUUAUAAGCAAGAUUUGCAACUUUAAAGUAUUAAUGAAACCAAAUUUAGCUAAAAAAUUUGCCGAAGAUGAGGCAUUGGUUAAUGAUAAACCUCAUUAAUAAAACCAUUAAGAACAACAUGAGAAUCCCUAGAAACCUCCUCCUAUCUAGUUUGAAAAUAAUGAUUUUUUAGGGGUUCCUGAAAUGGAAGGACUGACUACAAAAUCUGAUAAAUAAGUUUACAAUAUAGAUGAAGAAAAUGACAGCGAAGAUGAAGGCAUUGAAGAUUAUAAAAUUGGAGGAUAUCAUCCAGUGCAUAUAGGUGAAGUUAUUAACAAGCGUUAUGUGAUCAUCCAAAAAUUAGGAUGGGGUCAUUUCUCCACCGUUUGGCUAUCUAAGGAUUUUAAAUAUGAUACCUAUGUUGCUCUAAAGAUCCAAAAGAGUGCUCCACACUAUCUUGAAGCUGCAUAUGAUGAAGUUGAAAUUCUUCAAAAAGUUGCAAAAUAAGCCAGUAACCCUCAAUGGAUUCAUCAGCUAAAAGAAUAUUACAAAGAUGAUAAGCAGAAAAAGACGUUUACAAGGGAUGAUUGCUAAGUAGUUUAACUGCUUAAUUCUUUUGUAUUCAGAGGUCCUUAUGGUAAUCACUUCUGCAUGGUUUUCGAAAUCCUUGGUGUUAAUCUUUUAGAAAUCAUUAAAAGAUAUAAUUAUAAAGGUAUUCCAAUGCACUUAGCUAGAAUUAUAGCUAAAUAAGUGUUAAUUGGUCUUGAUUUUCUUCAUAGAUAUUGUGGAGUUAUACACACUGAUUUAAAGCCAGAAAAUGUGCUACUUUGUCUCACUUAAGAAGAGAUUAGAUAAAUAGUGGAGAAAGGGCAAUUAGAAAAUUCAAAAAAGUUUUAAGAAAGAAUUAAAUUUUAUCAGAAAGCACAUGGAAUUAAGAUAGAUGAAGUACCUAUCCUAGAUCCAUAAGAAGAGUAAAAGCAAAAUGGUCAUUCAUAAAAAGAAAAUCAUAGCAAUUGUAAUGGGCAAUAAAAAACGGAUUCCUAGAAUUAGUCAGCUUAAAAUCCAAAUCCUUAAAAAUAAGAAUAGAAUGAUAAAAAUAACUUAGCAUCAAAAUAAGAAUAGGAUCAGUAAAAUGAAGAUGAGGAUGAUAAUGAUAAUGACAAUGAUGACGAAUAAGAAGAAGGUGCAACAUCCACAGCUGCCUCUAAUCAGAAUAACUAAGGAGACAAAAAAAAUUUAACUAAAAAGUAGAAAAAGAAUUAAAGAAGAAAAGCUGCUCAUAAAAGAAAGAAACAAAGAGAAAAAGAAGAAAAGAAUAAAUAGACAAAUGAUCAAGAUAGCAAUAAACAACAAAAUAAUUUAAAUGAUAAGCAAGCUGAAGGUUAAAAGCAAUAAAUAGAAGAAGAAGUUAAGGAAGAAGAUAUUCCUGAAGAGAUUCGCUACAAAUUUGACAACUGGAAUGGUAGAGGUGACAGACUCUAAACUAAUGUAAGGGUAAAAAUAGCUGAUUUAGGUAAUGCAUGCUGGACACAUCAUCAUUUCGCCACAGAAAUUUAAACUAGAUAAUACAGAUCUCCUGAAACAAUUAUUGGAGUCCAUUAUGACACUACAGCUGAUGUGUGGUCUUUUGCUUGUAUGAUAUUUGAAAUGCUAACAGGAGAUUUUCUUUUUGAGCCACGUAAAGGUCCAAAUUUUAGUAAAAAUGAUGAUCAUAUUGCACAAAUUUAAGAACUCUGCAAUAAAUUUACUAAGAAAUUUGCUCUUUCUGGUUUUAAAUCAAAAAAAUAUUUUGAUAAGUAAGGCAAUCUUAGAAGAAUUCCUUCACUUCAUUAUUGGCCUCUUUUGAACGUGUUAAUUGAAAAAUAUCACUUUAAAGAAGAAGAAGCCAAAUUAUUUGAUGAAUUUAUGCAGGUAAUGUUAAAAACUAAUCCUUUAGACAGAGCAAGUGCUCAUGAAUGCUUGCAAACAAAAUGGAUUCAUACAAAACCCAAUUAUUUAUUUAAAUAUACUGAUUAAGAAUUUAUAAGAUAUUAAGAUAAAAAGAAAUUGCUUCAGUAAGAAGAUUUAAAUUUGUAGUCACAUGAAGCAGAAGAUUCUGAUAAUUUUGACGGUGACCUAUCAGAAAACGAUAUUAGCAUAGAUAGCGAUGAUAAAAGCGAAUUUUAGGAUGAUAAAUUCUUUGGAAAAUACACUCCUCAAAUCGAUUAAAAUCUCAUAGAUAGAUCUUUUACUAACUUAGGCUAUAUAGGAUUCGGAGAUGGCAUUAAACUAGAUGAGCUCGACUAAGAUCCAAAUUGGUAGUUUAUGAAUCUCAAAGAUUGA